AUGAAUGUAAUGUUCCGUGGUGUAGGUCAUUGUGUUUCAAGCAUGAAAGAUACAGGCGCGGGUAGCGGUUGCUGUGUCAAUGUGAAUUCCAUUUCAUGUAAAAGUUCUAAUGAUCCUUUAAACAAACAGCAUUCAUACCCUACGAAUAAAAUACCGUGGCCAAAGGGAAAAUAUACUUUAGUAAAACCUAAAUCAGGUUGUCCACCUGGAUGGGUUGAAGGAUGGCGAUCACAGGACAACGAAGAUGAUAAAAACAACAUUAACUCGAUAUCCAGUGGUCACCAUUUUUACGGUUCAUUUGAUAAGAACACUAAAGCAUAUUACUGUACAAAGAUUCGUGAUGAGAAAGUUACAGAUUGGACAAAAUGGAAAUUAGUGUUAUGGCCCAAUGGAACUUACUGUAUCCUUAGGAAAGGAGGAUCUUGUCCUUUAGGAUUUGCAAACGGAUAUGUUUAUUGGGAUGAUGAAGAUGAUGGUAAUAGCAAUGAUAUUGGAGGAACCUUGCCGGAUGGAAAGUAUGAUGAUGCAAACACAUUGAUACAGUACUGCUGCAGGUCUGAUGGACAGCCUGAAAAUGCAAUUGAACUUCCCACAUCUAUGGCAUUCUACCUUGUGGGAAAAACAAAUACUAGUCAGCAGGUAAAAGGGAUGACUGUUCGCAAGGAAUAUAUAAAGACAGAUGACGAAGAUAGUGGUGUUAGUAACAGAAGGGAGGGAAGCUAUCCAUACAUUGAAGAAACCAGGAAUACUAAAAUGUUAUAUUGCUAUUAUGCAUAAAGCUUACACAUAUUUAUUUUAGGGGGGGGGGGGUCCAGGGUCUGAGGAAAGGGGAAACGUAACUGUCAAAUAUGAUGAUAACACCUCCAGGCAGUUUUUUUUUAACGAUUUAAAGCCAAAAAUCUUAUAUAGCUACGUGAUUACAUUAUCAUCUAUUGUGACUCCCAUUUUAGUUAUAAAAAAUUUGAUAAAGAACAACAAGUUAUUAUGAGAUGACCAAUUGAUAUUCUAAGGUAGGGCAAGAAUAUUUUGGAAAUGAAUAUUUUGGCCUGGUAGUAACUGAAAAUAAAUAAACUUUACCCAAGACAGGACGAAAAUGAACAUUCUGUCCAACAAAAUGCAGGGAGUAGUUGUGUACAAGAAUGAAAAGCCGUAAUAGCAAAAAAAUGUGAAUAAACAAUCCGGAAAAUUCUCUUCCUCCCUCCCCCUCCCCCUCAAAUGGUCGCCUCCUUAUUUCAUUUAUAUUUCAUUUCAAUUUGGCUAAGAC